GUGAGGUAAUAACACGGCUAGUAUGUCAACUACUACUGUGACUAAUAGUAGUAAUAAUUCCCUAGUGAUUUGAACAGAGAGAUCUGCAUCAAGUGAUUCAAGACGUCGUCGUAGAAGUACGAUUGUAAAAAAGGACUAUUUUGCAAAAACACUGUCACAUUUAAACUAACCCAUGGUAUGAAAUAAACUCAGCUUUUUGUGUUUGUAUUUUGUCCAUCAUAAUUGUCAAUGUUCAUAUACAUAUAUAUGAAUAUGUAUGAAAUAUUUUAUUCAGUGAGGAUUUUUAAAUGACACUUGUGUUUGUGCUGUCGAUUGCAUCACCAAAUACCGGCCAACAGCAAUAACAUUCAUAAUAUAUUGGAAAUUCUUCUCAUUCUAGAGAAGCUUUAUUGGAGCACACACAUCCACACCCAUUUACAACAGUUCUCAACUGCGGACAAUGCUUGAAGAGCUCAGUGUACGUGAAUUAAACAGUGUUCAUAGUUCUGGAGGCUGGACACCAUCGAGUAACAGAAGCAGAUCAUCACGUUGUCGUGAAAGCUACUGUUCUGACAUAGAUCUAUUACCUCCAUUGUACAAAACAGUAAUAACUGACAAUCAAUUGGAGGGAAACAACCAAACCGGUGAUAUGACUCCUGUUGUCGCCGUUAGCGAUGACGAUGCUGAUGUUGAUGGUGAUAAUGAAGAAAAUCUUAUGAACUGGUUAAUGAAACAAUUCAAAGAAAAUGGUUUAGACAGUCAGCAUAAUUUGACUCCAAAUAAUCUUGAUAAAGUUGAUGCAUUUACAGAUUUGAAUGAAAUCAACAAAACACCUUCUGUGGAAAAUAAUCUACCCAAAGAUGAUACAAGAUCUUCAAUUUCAAGUUUUCAAGGCAUUCUUGAUUCGCUAAAAGUGAAGGCAUCAAAUAAUUUUGUGAUAAUGAAUAACCAGUUGAGUCGUAACAGCAGAGAACGAUGUGACAGUAAACAGCAACAACAACACUAUUUUCCACGAAUGUAUCCACCAGUCAGAGAUUCAUCAACGGAAUCUAGGCGAUUGUGUGUAUGUGGCGCAAACAAAUUAGAUGCAUACAUGACGGCAACCAGCCCAAUGAUGAGAAAUUCAAAACAUCACUGUAAACUUAUGAACGAUCUGUUUCAUCAGAUAACUAAAAAGCUGGGAUCCUUACACGACUGUGACACGCAGAUUAUCGGAGAACUCCAGAAUGCAAGUAAAAUAAUCAAGGAUUUGAAGAGUAGGGCGUCAUCUGGACCUGUAACACCCUCUCCUCAAUGCAGUUCUCAACACUAUCAACACUUAUAUCGAUCACAAGCAUCAACACCUGAUGCUUGUAAAUCGUCGAAUAAUAGUCUGAGAAAGCAAACCGUGAUAAAACAUUUUCCUAAAAAAAGAAGUACAAAUUAUUUGAAUGAAGCUCCUGAAUGGCCUGGAGGUGACAAUAAACACGCGGAUUCAGUUUAUUCUCCUCAACUGGACAAUCGAUCGUCAUAUGAUGAAAAAGAUCAUCAAAAGAGUCCAUAUCUAAAUGGUUUAUUCCCAGCUAUAAAUGAACGUCGUUUAACUCAAAGAAAAUUUACUGAAUCCCCAUGGGGACCAAUAACAGUUGAAAAAGUUAGCAACUCAUCAACUGACUUUGAUCAUCAUGCAAGAAUCUCCAAUCAACUGUGGAUGAAAAAUGAAAAUCCUUCAAAAUACAUAAAAUCUUUAAAAAAAUCAUCAUUGAGUACAACUAAUCUGGAUCAAUCAUCAAAUGAGUCCAUUGCAACUAGUAAUCGAUCAAUGCCGAGGUCUAAACUACCAAAUAAUGAACGAUUUUCAAGUCAGUUGACUUUACCGAUGUAUUCUUCAAAUACACUGAGAAAUAAGUCACCAACGUCGAAUGUGUUAAACACACCUGAAGAGAUAAAUCAAUCCUUAGAGAAUAAUAACUCCAUGAAAUUGAUAAUGAGCAAAGGAAUUCAAUCACUUUUGAAAUCACCAUUCAGAAGAAAGGCGUGUACACCUGGACCAAAUAAUAAUAAUCAUUUCGGGAUGUUGAAUCCAUUGAAAUUACAAGGACGAUCAGUCAGUCUGGCUCAAAUUCAUCUACCAGAUGAAACUUCCACACUGAAAUAUGUAUCCAAUGAUCAGCUCAACAAAAGUGGAUACAAAUUAGAUGUACCUUAUAGUAAACCAUUACUGCUUAAGGAAUUGGCAAAACCCAAGGCUUAGAAGUCAAUAUAUAAAUAUAUAUAAACAGAAACACAUUGGAAAUGUAUUCAUAUAUACCUUGAAACUGUU